GCAAUAUUCAAGGAAACCAAACGGCCAUCACGGGAAAUGCAACUAACAAUAUCACAACAACUACAAUUGGAUCCUACAACGGUUGCGAAUUUUUUCAUGAAUGCCCGUCGUCGUGGUCAUGAUCGUUGCAGGCAAGAAGAAGAACAACAAGAACAACAAGAGCAACAACAACAACAACACCAACAACACCAACAACAACAACAACAACAACAACAACACCAACAACACCAACAACAACAACAACAUCAACAGCAAUUACAACAACAACAAGAACGACAGCAAGAACAGCAACAGCAUCAAUCAGAACAACAACAACAACAACAACAACAACAACAACAACAACAACAACAACAACAACAACAACAACAACAAGUGGUACUUAAUUCUAACACAAAUAGUGAAACAAUUCUCGGUCCUAUACCACCACCUCCACCUGUUUUCGAGCAGUUAUAA